AUGGGUCAUUGGCAGCACGGCUGCACUAUGCAGUUUGUCAGUUCAAGCAAAAGGGAUGACUAUUUUGCACGUACCAUCAAACACGUCACCAAUCAGCUCAUCAAAUACGAUAUUUCCGAUCAAAAAGGAUCCAGUCUCGACGGCCGAGACCAACGAAUCCCUUUGACCGUAUCACGCGCAGUCAUCGACUUCAUGGUUGCUGGCCUGGGUUAUGUAAUGAGGAGAACCAACCAGGGAAGUCAUUUUGAGAUUGUCAGACUGCACCUGGAUAAAGGAGCAGAUCCAGAUGGUGGAAGUUACCCCCGCACUGAAGAGGAUUAUCGGACAGUAGAGAGGCGAUGUGGACAGGAUGUCCUUGAGCAAUGUUUCCCUGAUAUUCUCGACUGUCCUGGCACUGCUCUUGAGGCUGCUGCUCAAAAGGCUCAUAAAGAGGUUGUGCAACUUCUUCUACAGCCAGAAUUUAACACAUCAAGAUCAUCCUCCAGCUACCGAAAGGCAAUCGCUUUUGCAGCUAUGGGGGGAGAUGCUGAUAUUCUGAAAAUGCUUAUUGGGAGUGCAGAUUCCAGUACUCUCUCAGAGAGCUCACUUCAAACAUACUGGAACCGUACGCUCCGAUAUGCAGCAUUCUGUGGCAAAACAGAGACGAUCCCUCUACUGCUGGAUAAAGGGGCUCAUAUCAACAGACAGUACGAGGAUGAGAUUAACUUGGGCUUCAGUACUCCAUUGGGACUUGCUGCUUUCAAUGGCCAUAAUGAAACAAUUUUGUUCCUCCUACAAAAGGGGGCUGAUAUCAAUGGUGGAUCCCUUCAUCCAAUUUACAUGGCCACCUGCCGUGGCUUUGCCCGGACUGUAACGCUACUUCUGGAUCAGGGGGCUGAAGUCCAUCCUGUUUACUUCAGGUUCAUGGAGAGGGCAGCAGAAUAUGGAGAAGCUGAUGUUGUCCGGGUAUUCUUAGAAAGAGGUUUACAUCAGGUGCCUGGUCGCUUUGAUAAAGGGGAAUGUGCCCUGGAGAUUGCUAAGUCUACUGGACAUCCGCGUGUGGUGAGAGUGCUUGAAGAGUUUGGGGUCACUGAGUAA